GUGGCAGCAGUGGAGUCAAAUUUUUGUCCUCAACUUUGGACAACGCUCGUUGGCAGGCAGUCCCGGUCCCAAGUCCGGGCGUCACCAGUGAGUAUGAUCUGACAAGAUACAAUCGAAAACACUGCAACAAGCGACGAGCCAAUUUUGUCACUUGGAACGUUGCAGGACUCUCUCAAUCUAAGCUGGACGAGGUCAGACAUUGGGCAUUGACACAAAACAUCACAGCUCUGGCGUUGGUGGAGACAAGAUGGCCAUGGACCAGUGAGUGGCAGGAUCCACACUGGCAGUACGUCCACUCCGGCGAUCCUUCGUCGCGUAGCAGUGGCAUUCUCAUCAUGAUAAGUCGCACAAUCAGCACAGAUUUACGUUGGCGAGAAUGUCUGCCAGGCAGACUGGUUCACGUCCAACUGCGUCUGUCCCCGCGCUACUUGGACUUCUUGGCCUGCUACCAAUUCUGUUUUCAGAGUAAUGCCAUGCGCCAAGCAGAUCGACAAAGAUGGUGGGAAUGUCUGGAAACCACCCUGAGCCGUCUUCCCCGACGACAUGUUCUUGCCAUUGUGGGAGACUUCAACUGCUCUCUCACGCGCCAGACUCACCACAUAGGAUGUACCUUCCAGCAACGCGUGCAAUGCCGCACGGCAUACCUGGAAGAUUCAGGACUUUGGCAGGACUUCCUGCACAAGUCCAUGCAUACUGUUUCUGAUCAUUUGCGCCAGUCAGAUUUGCUCCGGGCGCUGUUUGGAGAGCCCUUGCUGAUUGCCUAG